AUGGAUGGAGAAAGUCAUUUUGGGAAUGUUCAUCGAUCAAUAAUUUUGUCUGCCGGAUGGCAGGUGAUGUUGCUAAGUUCUGAGUGUUGUUUUCUUGAGCAGUGCCAGAGUCUUGGGAUCUCAAUGGAGAUGCGUAGUCGUGAUGCUAGUGAUUUAGAGAAAUACUACAGGACAGUUCAAAAGAUACUGAGGUUUCCGGGAACAUCUCAGGCUGAAUAUCGGGGACAGCUGUUGACUGCUAUUGGAGUAGAUCCCAACAAUGGAUGGUGGCCCAUUGCUUGGGCAGUGGUUGAGAGGGAAGCAACUGAACAGUGGAAAUGGUUUUUUGAGCUGCUGAAGAAUGACUUGCAGAUUGAAAAUGGGUACAGCUACACCUUUGUUUCUGACCAGCAGAAGGGUCUUGACCGAGCAUUAUCUGAGGUACUACCAAACAGUGAGCACAGAUACUGUGUGCAGCACCUGUAUAACAACUUCAAGAAGAAACAUCGUGGACUUGCCCUGAAGACAAAACUGUGGAACAUUGCAGCAAGUACUACUGAGGGACUAUUCAAGAAAGCAUCAGCAGAUCUAGAAAAUUUUGACAAUGAAGCAUAUGAAUGGGUGAAGAAAGCACCACAUCCCAGUCAUUGGUGUAAGACUUUUUUUUCAGAACAUACUCGAUGCGAUAUGUUGGUUAAUAAUUUGUGUGAAAGUUUUAAUGGUCAUAUACUUGAAGCUAGGCAGCAGCCAAUUAUCACAAUGUUAGAGUCCAUUAGGAUAUUUCUGAUGGAGAGGAUACAGAGAAGGACAACUGCAAUGGAGAAGUUUGAAUUGUCCAUUGGCCCACUAAUUAAAAAAAUAAUUGAUGAUAGGGUGAUAGAAUCAAGACAAUGGAGGACCAUUUGGAAUGCUGUGGAUGGAUACCAGGUUAGGGGACCAAGGGGGGCCCAGUUUGCUGUUUAUUUAAAGAAAAAAUCCUGCACAUGCAAACUGUGGGAUCUAUCAGGUAUUCCUUGCUGUCAUGCUAUUGCAGCAAUUCACAGAAAUAAUGGCGACCCCUAUAAAGAGGUGUAUGACUGCUACAACAGAGAUCUGUUUCUAAAAAUUUACAAAAAUGUUUUGUAUCCUAUCAAUGGACAAGUAAUGUGGCCUGAAGCUGAUGGGGUGGAUCUUGAUCCACCAGAAAGGAUAGUGCAACCUGGCAGACCUAAGAAGGCCAGGAGAAGAGAUCCUACUGAAACUCAAAAGACUGGAAACAGCUGGUUGCAAGGUGCAGCAACAAGACAAUCAACAACAGCAGAAUCAGGAUAG